AUGGAAGGUGCUCAGUCGCCGUCUCCAAUUUUUCAUCACACCAACGAUUCGGAUAUAAAUUAUUUCCAUCUGCCAAGUUCAAUGGAUGAUCCGGAGCCUUCCUCGUUCAAUCUCCGUUUAAUCGAAGCAGUGCGUAAUAGUCGUUGCUUGUACGAUGCUAAGGAUCGGUUGUAUCGGUCAGCAGAUCACAAAAUUAAAGUUUGGAAUCGUCUCGUUCAGGCUCUUCAGUUUGAUGGUGAUGCUCGUAACUUAUAUAAUCGUUGGAAACAAUUACGUGAUAAAUAUGGUAAGGAAAAGAAAAAGUUGAAAUAUUCCGGUGAUCCGACAAGUUGGCAAUAUUUCAAGCAUUUAACGUUUCUCGAUCCACACAUGGUUGAUCGCCAGCAGCAGCAAUUUUCACGCGCCAAAGAUGGGAAAGGAGUCAUUCUUUCUUCUGGAGGAACGCCUCAUCAAAUCGUGAUCACCGAUCCAAAUUUUUCUUCAAAUCUAAUUCGUGAAGUACAACAGCAUCCUUGUCUUUAUGACAUUAGGGAUCCGAAAUAUCGACAUUCUGAAUGCAGAAAUCAGUCCUGGUCCGAAAUCAUUAAAGUCCUCGAUUUCCCUGGUGAUAUCAACUCAAUUUACAAGCAAUGGAAAAAAGUUAGAGAUCGAUAUGUUAGAGAGAAACGCAAAAUUCGGAUGUCAAGUGUAACUGGUGGUGAAGUAGAAGAAUCUCAGUGGGAUUUGUUCCCACAGAUGGCUUGGAUUGAUCCCUAUUUAGAUGAUAGGGCAACGCAUGUUAAACGAAAGCGAGAUAGUGAAGAAUUGUCAGACGAUGGCUAUUUAGAUGAUAUAGUUGAUCAGCAUGGUCAUCAUGGCGUUAAUCAACCAAUUCACACUUCUUAUUCUACAAUGGUCCUCCAGCCAGAUUCAACCCAUACUGUGAAAACGAUUCAGCAUCUUCAUCAGCCAAAUUCUGUUAGCAUACAUAAUCAACGAACCAUCGGACAAACACAAGGAACUGUUCUAGUACAGCAACAUGAUAUGCAUACAAUGGAUGGUGAUAAAGCUUUUGCGUUGAGUGUUACUGCUGAUAUGAUGGGUCUACCUGAUCAUGCUCGUAUAAUUGCCAAAGCACAAAUUCAGAAUUGGUUGGAUAAUUCUCGAGUUCUUCCUCAGACGCAGUUUGAUGUUAAGUAA